AGUAGGGGCGUCCGCGGAUGGGGCUCGGGCUUCCGGGGGAUUCAGUAACGGCGGCCUUCGGGUCAAGAGAUUGGCGUCCUGGCACCCUCGGCUUGGAGUGCGGUGCCUUUCUCUCCUGGCACCUUGGCUGAGUGGAGUCCUGCGGCCGGGCGUAGUCGGCGGCCCAGCGGACCGGAGUGAAAGCCACAUGAAUUCUGAAUGUUAGAAUAGAAAAGAGGCCAAAGAAAUCUUUGAAGAUGAGGAAACUGAAGCACAGAAAGGUUAUAUAGUUUGCCCAGGUCAUACACCAAAUGAUGGAGACAAGAGUUAAACCCAGAUCAUCCGAUUCCAGCAUCUAAGCUGUUCACCACUUCAUGAUAUUGCCUCUCCAGCCAGAACAGUGCUUCAUCCUUUGUAGGUGGUCAUCAAAUGCUACUCAAAAUCUUUUUGAGAAGAAGAAAAAGAGCAGUCGAUAAUCACCUUACUAUGAGUCUGCUACACUGGGAAAACAGCUGUGGAUCCAGCCAGUCUGAGAGCGACUGCUGUGCUGCCAUGGCCGCCAGCUCCUGUGGUGCUGCAGCAAAAGAUGACAGUGUGAGUGGAACUGCCAGCACAGUGAAUCUUUCCAGCUCUUUUAUGGAAGAGAUCCAGGGAUAUGACGUGGAAUUUGACCCACCCCUGGAAAGCAAGUAUGAAUGCCCCAUCUGCUUGAUGGCAUUACGGGAAGCAGUGCAAACACCAUGCGGCCACAGGUUCUGCAAAGCCUGCAUCAUCAAAUCAAUAAGGGAUGCAGGUCACAAAUGUCCAGUUGACAAUGAAAUACUGCUGGAAAAUCAACUAUUUCCUGACAAUUUUGCAAAACGAGAGAUUCUUUCUCUGAUGGUGAAGUGUCCAAAUGAAGGUUGUCUGCACAAGAUGGAACUGAGGCAUCUUGAGGAUCAUCGAGCACAUUGUGAGUUUGCUCUUAUGAAUUGUCCCCAAUGCCAACGUCCCUUCCAAAAAUGCCAACUUAAUAUUCACAUUGUCAAGGAGUGUCCAAGGAGACAGGUUUCUUGUGUAAACUGUGCUGUAUCGAUGGCAUUUGAAGAUAAAGAGAUUCAUGACCAGAACUGUCCUUUGGCAAAUGUCAUCUGUGAAUACUGCAACACCAUGCUCAUCAGAGAACAGAUGCCUAAUCAUUAUGAUCUAGACUGUCCUACAGCCCCAGUUCCAUGCACAUUCAGUACUUUUGGUUGCCAUGAAAAGAUGCAGAGGAAUCACUUGGCACGCCACCUGCAAGAGGAUACCCAGUCGCACAUGAGAAUGAUGGCCCAGGCUGUUCAGACUUUAAGCCUUGCGAUAGCUCCCGCACCUCAGCGUGGCAUGCUGCCAUGUGAUUCUGCCUCUCUGCCCCGGAUUUCCUCUGGGUGUCACUCAGAGGUCCAGAAUUUCCAAGAAACCAUUCAACAGUUAGAGGGUCGCCUUGUAAGACAAGACCAUCAAAUCCGGGAGCUGACUGCAAAAAUGGAAACUCAGAGCGCGUAUGUAAGUGAGCUAAAACGAACUAUUCGAACCCUUGAGGACAAAGUUGCUGAAAUAGAAGCACAGCAGUGCAAUGGAAUUUACAUCUGGAAGAUUGGCAAUUUUGGGAUGCACUUGAAAUCUCAAGAAGAAGAGAAACCUGUUGUCAUUCACAGCCCCGGAUUCUACACAGGCAAACCCGGCUACAAACUAUGCAUGCGCCUGCACCUGCAGCUACCGACUGCACAGCGCUGUGCCAACUACAUAUCCCUCUUUGUCCACACGAUGCAAGGAGAGUAUGACAGCCACCUCCCUUGGCCCUUCCAGGGUACGAUACGCCUUACCAUCCUUGAUCAGUCUGAAGCACCUGUAAGGCAAAACCAUGAAGAGAUAAUGGACGCCAAACCAGAGCUGCUUGCCUUCCAGAGACCCACAAUCCCACGGAACCCCAAAGGGUUUGGCUAUGUGACCUUUAUGCAUCUGGAAGCCCUAAGACAAAGAACCUUCAUCAAGGACGACACGUUAUUAGUACGCUGUGAGGUCUCCACCCGCUUUGACAUGGGCAGUCUUCGGAGGGAGGGUUUUCAACCACGAAGUACUGACUUGGGGAUAUAGCAUCCCCUCAUUUGUUUAAGAAACAAAACAACAGAAAAAACAUUUGGAGAAAACUUGCCCUGUUUUCAAUAACAUACAAACAAAGCAAUGGGGAAGGUAUACCCACCAGUGAAUGUGGUUAGAGAGGUCACUUGCCACUUUCCUGUUAAAAAUAUCUGAAGCAGGGCUUCCCUGGUGGCGCAGUGGUUGAGAGUCCACCUGCCGAUGCAGGGGACACGGGUUCGUGCCCCAGUCCGGAAAGAUCCCACAUGCCACAGAGCAGCUAGGCCCGUGAGCCAUGGCCGCUGAGCCUGCGCGUCCGGAGCCUGUGCUCCGCAACGGGAGAGGUCACAACAGUGAGAGGCCCGCGUUAUCGCAAAAAAAAAAAAAAAAAAAAAAAUAUCUGAAGCAGUUUUCUCGGGAAUGUACGUGUUCCCUGCCUUUUAAAAAUGGUUACACUCAAAGUGCCUGUGGCCUAUGGCAGCAGUUGUUUGUCUAGUAGGAUAUCUCUCUGUUUUAUUUUCAUGGGCUCUUGCUCCAGGGGGGUUUAUUGUCAAACCCAGGUUAGGAGUAGUAAAGCUCAAACCUUUUAAUAAUAAUGGACGUUCCAUAAAAUUUCCACGUAUUCUUAUAGUGUUAGAUGCAAUAUAUUAAGCUUGAGAAUCACUACCGCCUCACGCUGGUGCCAGCGAGAAUAAUUAUUAUUCUUGAGUUCUCAUUUUAUUUGAACUCCUGUAGAUUUCAGAGGAUUUGAACCAUAAUCCUUGGAAAGUUUAAGUUCUCAUUAACCCUGUUUUUUCCGCCUGCAGGGUGUUUUUAAGGAUAUUCAGGGACUAGUUUAAACCCUAAAUAUAAGCUUACUAAGUGUGGAUAUGUUGUUUGUUGAAUAAUUCUUGUUUCAUUGUACCUUGCUUAUUUACUUGAGGCUACAAAGUAGCAUCUUGUCCAGAGUUUAGAACUCUGAGAACCAUAUGGAAACCAGCUGCUGGGUGUUAUGCUAUAAAUCCCUUUUGUCUAUUCCAGGCAGAGUGAAUUCCACAGCCCUACCUAUGUUCUCUGUUGCCUAAUGGUUGUAGGACAAGGAGAUGCACACACAUAAUCACCAACAAAAAUUUUAAAUGGCUCAACUAGUCAACCAAUAGGGCAGCUCAUUGGUGGUGAGAAAAGCUAUUUGAGCCAGAAAUUUUCAGCUCUUUUGAACACUUUCUGGUUUAGUUCAAUUAAUGGAAGAAAAUUGCUGUCCUAAAUGCAGAAUUUCUUAAUACUUGGGAGAUCAUUGGUGUACCUGAGAGGUCACCAAACCAAGGUUGGAAGUCAUAGUGAUUAUAUCAGGACUUGGCUGGAGCGGGUGGCUUUAGUCCCACAGUUCAUACCUGAGGAGGAUCACGUGGAAUGUAUUGAAGUGGUCAGUUGUUCCUAACAGGGAGGGAUGGGUUUUGUGCCACUAGAUACUUGUUAAAAGCCUUAGAUACUAAAGAUUAUGGUGAAAUGUAGUUCUCAGGGAGUCCUGCAACUAGUACAGGCUCUUAUGAAGAAUCUGAGAGGACCCCUACACCAUGCUGUUUACACAAGAUUGUUUAAAGUUGUCUGAGGUAGUCCUGCAACUCCAGAGAGGCCAAAUCAGAGCCCCUGGCCGGUGUUCAAGAUCAGCCUUCAUUUCAAGAGGAAGCCAAGAGACCGUGCAAAGGAAUGGUCCCGGUUCCGGGCAGACCCAGCAAGUGCCACUCUGACCUUUCCCUUUACUUUUCUGUCUACUCUCCUUACCCACCCCACAUCCAGGCUCCUGCUCUGGUGGGUUUAUUCUGUAAAGUGGGGGAAAGAAAAGGUCAUACAGGGACCCUGUUCCCACUGCCACCAUCAGCGGCAGCUGCCCGUCGCUAGCUCACAGUUGGCUUGCUGACAGUUUGUGCUCCGUGGCCCCUGAGCUCUGCAGCCAGCUCCCGAGGAUCACUGCGGCACGGCCCUCUAGGUGAGGAGCCCGGCACCGCUGCUGUUCCUGUGAUGGUUUUCCAGAAAUAAAUUGCUGUCCAGUUCCAUGUGAAAAAUAAAUGGCAGUUACUCUUGUAUAGAAACAAAAAAGCCUGGAGGAAAUAUACUAAACUCUUUUUGAUGACUUAUUUUCUUCUUUGUGCUUUCUUACAUGUUUUAUAUUUUUUUACAGUAAACAUGUCCUUUUCUCGGAGAAAAAAAUGUUGCCACAAAACAUUCAACCCUCACAGAGAAGGAAAUAGCAUUUAAAAGCUUCCUGGUCAAAUUUCUAUUAAAAGCAUGGCUGUGCAUUAGGUACUGAGGCGAGCCAUUUCCUGCUUUGGUUAUGUUAUUUUUUUCUACUAACUUGGGAGCCUUAAUCCAAACAAAAACAGUUUUUUGCCUCACUUCAACUUUUAGCUUCAGGUUUCGCUGAAGGAGUUGAAUUAGCUAUUUCUAAGGUCCAUGCCAACCAUAAAAUUCUGUUUUAAGAAAUGAAGUGCUAACCAGCAGAAAGUUGGCAAUAUCUACAAGAGGAUUUUGCCAGUAGAAAAAUUGCUUUAUUUUUUUUGCUGACAUAAUACUUCAAUUUAGUAUCAAUUUAGGGUCUCCUUUUAAUUUGAACAAUUUUUUUUAACCCCCAACAUUUGGCAUUUUGUAAUAAACCUGCCACUUAUUUUAUACUGGUCGUUCAUUGUGAAUAUAGAGUAAAAGUAAUGGUCAAACUCUCCAUAUAUAAACUUUUGGUGACUUCAACUCAGAAUCCACUCUUAGCUGGAAAGUGGCUCUCUUCCGUUCAUUUUUCAAACCUCCUGCCUCACUCUGCAACAUGCUGGUUUCACCCAGUUGGCUAACAAGUAUUUGAGCUGUGUAUUUAUGUUUUAUUAACCUUUUAACAUUUAUCUUUGGACAUUGCUUUUAGACAUUGUUAAAUUAAAAAUAAAUUGUUUUUUUCUUUUCCCAGAGGUGUCCAACCCAGUGUUGGAUGAAACUUGCUGCAGGUCAUACCCUUUGUUAUUGGAAAACAAAGUCAGGAUGUUGUGGUAGUUUGGUAGUUUUUUACUGUCUGUUAGCGGUUGCAGCAAUGACAGUUUCUGGCUGUACUACAAAAUGAUUAAACUUUUAUUGGGGGGAAUAAAAAUAGAAUAGAAAAAAGUGAAAUAGGAUGAAAAUUGAGGGGUUUUCCCCCUAAAGACGGACUAACAGAGAUGUUGAAUGAUCUCUAGCAUUUAGUUUUUGUGGCAGGUAUAAAAUUAUAAAAUUGUCCCCCAUUGCUGUUUUUAUACCAUAAGUCUUAGGUAAACUAAGAGCAUGUUUAUGAAUUAUGCAUGCAGUUAGAGUACAUUCUCACCAAAAAGGAGCAGUUGCCUGUCAUUCCUUUAUCCAGGGAAUCCUCAAGUCUCUGGUGACCAGAAAACAUUUUUAAUUAUUAGAGAGGUUUUUCUAACUUAAGGCUUUGAAAUAGCUUUCCUUAAUUCAGUUACUGCUGUUCUUGUUUUGCCUCAGUUAAAUUCUACUCACUGUUUUAUGAGAAAUACCAUCAGGUGUUUUUGUGAUGCCUAGUUCCAUAGAACCUAAGCAGUGCAGUGCCUUGAGGAAAUGAAAAAGGGACAAUAGUCAUUUGUGUUUUUCCUUUGAAAUACAUUUUUUAAAAAUUCCCGGGUGCAUAUAUAUGAUAAGCUGUAGUUAGUUUCACAGUCGCUAUUGUAGAGUCUAGAAUGGAGUUGGCACUUCCAAAUUCCUAGUAUCCAAAAAGGUGAUCUGAUGAAAUCAAAUCAGAUGCAUCUCUGCAGAUCAUGAUGUUCAAUCACAGCCCUCACUUUUAGUCAAAGGCAAAUACCUGCAAGGAGAUGCCCAGUUGCUUCGCUAAGAUGCGGUCUCUCAAAGGGAGAACCUCCUCUUGAUAGAGCUUCCCUGUCUCUGCUGAUGAAUUGCAUUUAUCCCAGCUUUCUCCCAGAUAGAUUUCAGGAUAAAAGCUAAAUAGAACGCCAGUGGGAAGAAGGGCAGAUGGAUUUCUGUAUUCCAAGGAAGAGACGCUAUCAGUGGCCCUGAGGGGAACAUCAACUGAGCGGCAGGGGCAAGGUUCCGUCCAUAGCUGAAACCCCAGACUUAGCACAGUGCCUGGCACACAGCACACACUCAAAUAUCAACAAUGAACAUUUAGUGAAAAUACUGGUUGAGGUGCACCACUUUUUGGCAGGUUAUUUGUCAUGUGAGUUUUCGGUGAUAAGAAAGAAAUGUUACUUUUAUUUUGCUUUUUUCCCCCAGCACUUUAUUAUGAAAUUUUCUAAACAUGCAGAAUUGUUGCAAGAAUUGUAACAUGGCCAUCUACCACCUGGAAUCCACAAAUAGCAUUUUGUUACAUUUGCCUUACCACUUCAGAGAUGCUCCUUUUAAUGAGACUUAUUAAGGUUGGUUUCUCUUUAAAAAUCGCACUGCUAAGAUAAUUGAACACCUUUAAUUCAGUUGUCUUAAGCUCCUCAGGGAAACACGAUAUUUGCUUUAUAGCUAAAAUUGUAGUCCUUAAUUUAAGCUAGUUUAAACUUGUAAAUCUGUCAUGCUGAAUUUCAAUCUUAAUUAUUUUGCCUGAAGGGAUGUUUUUUAUAAUAGAAUUAUUUGAAAGUCCUUGAUCAGUUGUACAGAAUAUUCUAAUGUUAUUUCCACACUUGAUUAAUUAUCCAAUUAAUUUCUCUGGUGAGAGUGCAAUUUUGGCCCCAUUUUGCUUAUGCAGCAUUCCAGGAUUAUGUUCCCAGAGGGCUUGAAGAGGCAGGGUAAUUUAGUGUAUAAACCAGUAAAUUAGGAGCUAAGAGAUUUAGAUUUUUAUUAGAUUUUAUUCCUGACUGACCACAGGCAAAUCACUUCUCUUUGUGUCCAUUUAUCUACUUGUAAAGUGGGGACUAGAAUUUGAAAUUUAGAUAUUAUUAAGUAAUGGGUAACAUUUAUUAAUGCUUGGAUCUAUUAAGAAAGACACUUUAAAAAGAAAGAAAAAAUACACUGUGAAUCCGGGGAGGCUCUCAUAAUUCUCUAACUGUAUGACAAGCUACGGAAUGAACUCUGACUUUUGAAAAAUUGAAGCAUGGGAAACGGUCAAAGUGUCUUAUCAAAAACCCGCUGUUGCUUAGAACUUACUAUUGCCACAGAAUUUGUGAGUGUUUUCCUAAUCCAUCUGAACUCUGAAAAUAAUGUAUUUUGUGUGUGCGGGGGUGGUGAAUACAAAGAUGGGAGGAGGCAGACAUUCAACACAGAAAGAUAGAAAAUCAGUGUUCAGUUUAAGAACAGGUUGUGUGGAAGGGCUGGGCUUAAGGCAGUCAUCCCGAUGCACUGCCACACCCUCCUCUGCUCCCCGAGCAUCAACCCACACCACACACAGCACCAGCCCUGCUCCUGCCAGCCCGGCCUCAGGUGGUCUCCAUCAGGUCAAUGAGAUGAAAUUACAGGGUCGACCAAGGGCUAAGCAGGGUCUCUGUUCUCCAUUUAGCAGAUGAGUGUGCUCUGUUCUUUCUAAGCCCAGGUGAUGGAUGUAGAUUCACGUUUAUCUCCAAAGGCACUUGGAGUUUUUACCGUAGAUAGCAUCUUAGUAGUGGUUGCAAAGAUAUGACCAAAACAGUGCUCCUUGAUUGGGAUCUUGUUGAAUAUUAAUUUAGAUGAAAACAAAUGCCAGACUGACACACCUAACCUCUCCUGUCUAUUGUUAUAAUGCAGCUUAUCUAGUGUGGAGACAAUGCUUAUUCUUCACAGUCAUUGGUUACAAUAUUAGAAUUUUCUUAAAUGAAAGGAAAUUGGUUAGUGGUUACUUCAUAUCAAUUUUGGGGAACAAUUUAAGUUUUGCUUAUGAUUUUCAGAGGCAUAAGCAAGAAGUGACUCAGGUCAAGUUAGCCUUGCUUGUCUUGCAAAAUAAGCUAAAUUAAGCUUUUCUUGUAUGACCAAACUGGUUGUGUCUGCUCAGAGAGUUUUCAAGUGUGGUCUUCAUUUGUGUUUAACAACACGUCUUUCUUCUAGUCCAUUCUUACGGAUGUCUGUUAUGCUGUUGUCACAUUUUCAAAAUUAACUUUUGUAAUUAAGGGACCAGCAGGAACAGGAUUACUUUAUAAAGUGACAGUUGUAGCCUUGGCAGAAAAUGAGGCAAAAUCACAGAAUGUUUGCUUGGUCUGGGUAGGGGUUUGUACAUUUUAAUACAAAAGUGGGUCAGCAAGUCUGGUCUUCACAGAAUUUAUACUGCUGAAAGAUAAAUAAUAAAACUGCGCUCAAAAGUAGAUCUCAAACUCCUGAAAAAUCAUCCCUCCCCUCCUUACCCCACCUUCCCACUGGCUGCUCUAUCCUGACUGGCAGGCAGGGGUUGAUUUAAAAAUAGUGAGCUUCUGUCUGAGGAGUCUGGCCUCCUUGUCUCAAUCCCAGGUUCCUUUCCCCCGGCUGCUCGUUUCUCUUGAGGUGUCUAGCUAAAGUAGACGAAGCCCCACCAAAAGUGCUUAAAGAUGGUAACUAGUCAUUCCCUUUAGACUAGUUCGGAGCCUGAAAGUAAAAUUUUUUCCAGUCUAAUCUGAAAUUCCUUUGGAGCCAUUGUGAAAGAAGAGGAAAGAAGGCAGGUUUAUUGAAUACAACUAGACCAAUAGAACAAAAAUUGACUGUUUAUUAAUGCUUUUAGGAUCAGUUUUGCAAUCUUUUUCUCACUACCCACAGUAAAUUAGAUAGAGAUAAAUGAAUAAAUAAUAUGUACACCAACUCACCUGACACAGAAGGUUUCUGAAACACUUGCUUUUACUACACCUGAUCUGUUCUGACAUUUUCUGUUCUUUCUUCACUUUUAAAAUGUAGCCCCCAGAACACAAACGACUUUAACAGAAUGCAGCUUGCCUCAUGAGUCAAGAUCUGAGGGUUUUAAAUAGCCCAGAAGGCUAGAGGCCAAAUUCAUUCCCACACACACGCAUGCACACACACGCGCACACGUGUCCACUGGGCUUAGCGGGGCCUUCCAGCCUGUGCCUUGCUCUUGUUCCAUCCACCCCGACCCUGCAGCCUUGCCUCUCAGGGCCUGGUCCUGAUGCUCCUGCCUCCCUCUCCUUCUCUCAGCCUGAGGGAACCCCAUGGUUCCGUAGAAGGAAAAGUCCACUUCCUGUUUCUCCAAGAUUCAGGUCCUCUCCUGCUCCACUGCUCCUCUGAACUCUUCUGUGGGCUGAAGCUUUACUAGAACAAAACCCAGAAAGAUUUACAAAAUCCUCAGUUGUUGCCUUUUGUUUUGCUUUUGCCAUAUACCUCCCUCCCCUGAGGCAAAGAGGUGGCAUGCUACCUGAAAGAGGCAGGUGGGGUACAGGGAGAGGAGGGGAGGAUUUCUUAAUAUCUCAAAGAGUUACUGGCAGCACUGAGUGUCUUCUCAAUCAGACUAUGAGCUUUCAAGGAAAGGAAUCAGAUGGGGAUCAGAGAUCUCUAAUAUGAUCCUGGCCUUUGUUAAAGGAUAAUUUUCAAAAAAGAGUCAAAUUACGGUUCUCAUACAGAUAUCAAAUGAGCAUGUGUUAAAGAUUUUCUCUAACUCUUAAUGAGGGAAGCAGGCAGAUGCGUUAUAUAACCGUCCAAAUGAGAACCCAAAGAACAGACACACCUAGAGACGAGGAACAUUUACAUGAAUGUCCAAAUGGAAGCAAA